AUGGAACCUCUUCUUAAUUUCUUAUAUAGUUUGGAAAAUACUGGAAAUACUUUUUAUAAUUGUUUUGUUGAACCAAUUCUUAGAUUAAUAAAUUUACCUCCCAAAGACUUGACUUUUGGCAGGGAAUCAUUACCUUUACGUUUUUAUGAGGAAAUUCUUCACUCCGAGCCUUAUGUUCAUACCGAACGUAAAAUUCCUUUCCCUUUUAAUGGAGCAACUGAUAGUUUUAUUUAUUAUCAAACAUGGUUUUUACCUACAACAAAAUUUCAACGAAAUACUGAUAUUUUUUUUGUACACGGUUUAAAUGAAUAUGGAGGAAGAUUUUCUGAAAUUUGUACACCAUAUUUAGAACAAGGGUUUAGAAUUAUAGGAUUGGAUUUACCAGGUUUUGGAAGAUCUAGUGGAUUACAUGCACAUAUCAAUGAUUGUAAUGAUCUCAUUGAAGCAGUUCAUGAAGUCAUUAAUCACGUAAAAAAUUUAAAUGAUAAAAAACGUAAAGUAAUUUUAUAUGGUGGUUCUAUGGGUGGAAUGAUUGUUCUUUCAUACGCAAUUAAAUAUCCUGAUAAUUUUGAUGCAUUUUCUGUUUAUUGUCCUUUCAUUUAUUUGUCUUCCGCAAGUCGUCCUUCUAAAUUUAUUGAAAUUUUAGCAAGAAUAUUAAUUAAAACACCUUUGGGACGUAUUCCUAUUGCUGUAGCACAUAGUGGAAAAUCUAAUCCUUUAAAUUAUAGAGGAAAUCUACGUUGUUCUACUGGAUUAGCUAUUAAAGUUCAUGCGGAAUGGUUACGAUUAAAUCUUGAAAAUAUUUCUAAACCAUUUUUAGUUCAACAUGGUUUAUGUGAUCGAGUUACUAGAUUUGAAGGAUCUAAAGAAUUAUUUGAUAAAGCUCAAACUCUCGAAAAUCAAAAACAAAUUUUAUUAUAUGAAGAUUGUGAACAUGAUAUGUUUAGGGAUAAAGGUUCGAAAGAAAAGGUUGUCGAAGAUGUUAUUAAUUGGUUGAUUUCAAUGGAUAUGAAACUAUAA